AUGCCAAUGUUUACCACUUUUCAAUGCACAUUUGUGCGCUUCUGGCUGCCAUUGCUUCUUGCAUUCAGCUUCUUCUGUUAUGCAAAUCCUGCUGCUGUACCAACUUCUAUUUCAGAGAAUGAGGCAAACACACAUGAUGACGAGCUUAAUAAGGAGUUGAGAAGGAUCCGAGUGGAUGACCAUAACAGAGAAGCGAAAUUCAUAGCAUUUUACUCACCAGAAUUCAAGAAGCCAUUUUUCAAGAAACCACUUCCACUUAUUAAUCACAUCCCAAACUCUUUUCCUAUUUGGAAAAAUCCCUUGCCCAUUCCAACACCUAAAAACCCUUUACCUUUUCCUGUGUUUAAUAAACCAUUACAUAAACCAGUUCCAAUUGUUAAGCUUAUACCAAAACCAUUUCCACUACUGAAACAUCCUCUACCUGCUAGUCCAUUGUUGAAGAAACCUAUACCGAAGUCCACACCAAUUGUUAAGCCCAUACCAAAGUCACCACCAAUAACCAAAAAACCUCUACCAGUUCCAGUGUUGAAGAAACCAGUACCAAAAUCAAUUCCAAUUGUUAGAUCAGCACCAAAACCAGUCUCAAAAGAGAAAAAGCCUUGUCCUGAACCAGUGUUUAAACAGCCCAUACUAAAGCCAACUCCAACUGUUAAGCCAAUACCAAAACCAUUUUUCAUAAGGAAAAAGCCUUUACCUAUUCCAGAGUUUAAGAAACCUACACAAACACCACAAAAUCCAUUUCUUAAGAAGCCAUUUCCUAUCCCAGAAAAACCCUUCUUCCUUCCAAUAGUUCCUAAUCUAAAGCCAAAACCCUUCUUCCUUCCAAUAGUUCCUAAUCUAAAGCCAAAUCCCUUCUUCAAAAACCAUAUCCCUAAACUACCACAGUUUCCCUACAAAUUCAAGCAUCCACUUUUCCCACCUCUUCCAACUCAGAAGCAAAUGACUACUCCAUAAACUCAGAAGACCAAUUCAAGUUGCUCUAUAAUUAUAUU